UCUUGUGACACUUUAGCUUAAUUAAAUUAAAUUUUUAGUAUGUCCGCAUUGAGCAGUCACGCUGAUGGCGAGAGCCAGGAAGUCAAAAGAAAGAGGACAGAAAAAAAAGGUCUACUCGAACGACUUGCAGAUGGUCCGGUCAUUAGUGAUGGCAGCUAUUGUUUCGUUCUUGAGCGUCGUGGCUACGUGAAGGCAGGCUAUUGGACACCAGAAGCUGUCGUUGAGAAUCCUGAUGCUGUCAUUGGUCUGCACAAGGAGUUUGCAAGAGCCGGUGCUGACGUUACGCAGGCGUUUACAUUUUAUGCUAGUGAAGAUAAGCUGGCAGCUGCAGGAAAUACGGCAGCAGCCAAUUUCGGUGUAACUAACAUCAAUAAAGAAGCGUGUCGCUUGGCAAGGAAGGUGGCAGAUCAAUAUGGUACUUUGGUGGCUGCAGGACUGUCACCCACACCCAGUUAUACGGAAGGGAAAGGAAAGACCGUUGUGCAGAGCGAGUUUAAAGUGCAAACAGAUGUAUUCGCCAAGCAUGACGUUGACUUUCUUAUUAUAGAGUUCUUUAGUCAUUUGGAAGAGAUGCUGUGGGCAAUCGAAGUCUGUAAGACUAUAGGCAUGCCUUUAGCAGCAAGCAUGUGCAUUGGACCAGAAGGGGAUGCUGAUGGUCAUUCUCCUGAAGAAUGUGCAUUGGCCAUGGCGAAGGCUGGUGCUCAUGUUGUUGGUGUCAACUGCUUGUUUGACCCCACCAUGUCUUUAAGGACAGUAGGAAUGAUGAAGAAAGCUCUUAGUGAAGCUGGUCUCAAUACGUAUCUUAUGUGUCAACCAAUGCCAUAUCACACACCUGAUGUAAACAAGUUUGGUCUCAUCGAGAGUCCUGAGAAUCCUUUUGCACUUGAGCCUCGUUUGCUAACUCGAUUUGAAAUACACAAGUUUGCUCGAGAUGCUCAUGAGAUGGGUGUGAGAUAUCUUGGAGGAUGUUGUGGAAUGGAGUCUUACCACAUUAGAGCUAUUGCAGAAGAGUUGGCACCUGAGAGGGUUGGCUGUUUAGGCGCUGCCAGUAAGAAGCAUGGACCAUGGGGAGAGAGUUUGAGAGGUAGUACUCGUCCAUCCAUGGCACUAAGGCAAGGGAAAGAUUAUUGGAGCAAGCCACCAGCGACUGGACGCCCUUUCAGUCCCAUAUUUUCUUCUCCAUUAGCUAGUUAACCCUCAAGAUGUUGGAGGCUAAUGGCUAACAGUGGACAAAUCCCAUGUAACUUCAUGUGUUUGCUACUUUUCAGUGGCCUUUUGUUUCUGAAUUUGCAAUUCAGUUUGUCAUUUUGA